AGGUGGGCCACCAGCGGGAUGGAAGCCACUUUGGAGCAGCAUCUGGAGGACACAAUGAAGAAUCCAUCCAUUGUUGGAGUCUUGUGCACAGAUUCACAAGGACUUAAUCUGGGCUGCCGGGGUACUCUGUCAGAUGAACAUGCUGGAGUGAUAUCUGUUCUUGCUCAGCAAGCAGCUAAGCUAACCUCUGACCCCACUGAUAUUCCUGUGGUAUGUCUAGAAUCAGAUAAUGGGAACAUUAUGAUCCAGAAACAUGAUGGCAUAACAGUGGCAGUGCACAAAAUGGCCUCUUGACAUCUCAUGUCAGUUUUAUAGAAGCCUGUCAUAGGGAUUCAGCCUACCAGUACUAA